AUGAAACGGAGAAGGAUAUCCCAUGCCAUCCCGCUGGCUCUAAGCGUUUGUCUCCGGAGUCGGCUCAUAGACUCCUUUCUCGCCCUGCCAUCAAAAUUGCAUUCGAAUCGGUUGGUCUUUGAUUCUCCAUCGUCCACGAAAACAACAUGCAAAAGAGAUUUUAGAAUUUUCGGAGACCUUACCGGAAAGCUCGAAGACGACCAGGAUGCACAAGAACUCACAACGACGAGACACUCAAGCACACAUCAGUCUCGGCGGAAAGCCAUGCAAGCCUUAGGCUUGGCUUCGUUGGCUAUCCCAAUGGCCGCCUCAGCGGGAAUCGCCGAACUCGACAAGUCUACGGGAGCACUGUUCAGUCCCAAAUCCGAAAUGCUUUCUGGUGGGAGUGCGGCUGCGCGUGGUAUUCCUGUUUCUGGUAGUCGCCGCCAACAACUCCAACCUGGACAAGCGCUCCAAACAGUAUACGAAACUCGCUUUAUUGUGUACCUUGCGCGAUUUUUAUUGAAUUUUGAUCCAUCAGCACACGCCUGGUGGCUCCAACAAGGUUUUGCCGAUUCUUGGGAACCUCGCUCUGGCUCGGACGAGGCAUUUGCCGACAACACUUUAGCCGAGUUUGCAGAAAGUGUCGAAGUUGGUUUGGCUGAUUAUUUUGUUGGUCCCUACGGUAGCUAUUCGUCACUGUCCGCUGCCAAGGCUGGAAUUUCAGCGGCGCGGCCAGCACCCUCCGCGCAACCACAACAAGAAGAAAACUACUUAAAAGAACUCCUUUUUGGUCGACCGAAACUUUCCGACGAAAAGACACCCAAAGAAAAGGUAGACAGCGCAAAAAAAGGGAUACUCAAUUUGUACACUCUGUUGAAAGCUCGCUAUACAUCUGUUGCCGCCAAACGGCAUCUUGCUAUUCUGUUUUCUUUUAUAUCCUCCCCAAGGCUUCAACCAAGUAAUGAAAUCCUAGCUUUGCUUGGUGAAUCGGACAAUGCAACAAUUUCUGAGAUUCGGAUCGUCAAACCAACUCAUUGGCCAGUCAACGAGGCGGACUCGCGGACGAGUAGCCGACGGGGCGGUGGCUACUCAAUCGAGGAGCCACCCAUUGUUACUAUCGAUGAACCACCGGCGUUAGGCGACAGCUACGUACCGGCUGAAUUAAGACCCGUUCUCAAGCCGACAUCACGUGUUUUGCGCAUUUCUGUGAUUGACGGUGGUGAAGGUUAUACAUCGGCGCCCCAGGUGACCGUAGUGCAAAGCGGCUAUCUACGCUUGUGUCAAGCUACUGCUAUUAUAGAUCGGAGUGGCAGAGUCGAAUCUGUCAUUCUUUUGGAUCCGGGAUGGGGUUACGGUGGUCGAAAGCAGGCUCCUCCCAAAGUCAAAAUUGAACCUCCCAGACUUAAAAGUAAAGGAGAAUCGGGUCAGCGAGCGAAGGCUGUUGCUGAACUUGAGUACGAAAUAGUCGGUGCGAAGGUUGUCCGUGGUGGAAACGGAUAUGUCAAGACCGAAGUACCACAAAUUACAAUUACCCCGCCGGAUGGGAAUCCCGACUGGUUUCUGGCAGUGCAGGAACAGCCAGAGAUGCGAAUGAAGAAACCAGCAGAAAUCGAACCUUUACGACUAGAAGUGGCCGAAAUGAAAUUCUCGGAUGGCAGCGUUGCCUAUUCUAUCGAUCGUAUGCCCGAGAGCAAAGGUGUGGACAAUGCAUUACUCGAUCGUCUUCAAAGAGAUCCACUCGAAAUGCUACCCCCUUCAAUUCGACCCGAAAGAUACAAAUAUGGAAUCUACGCCAUACCUUCCCUGGCACGCAUUCCACAGUCCGUUCCGAACUUGUCACCGAGAUACCGUGCAUGUGACCCGGUAUUUGGAGGCGUCGGUCGUGUUCCAGUUACAAAAGGGGCUGUGGCCUUGAAAGCUAGCGAAUACGCUCGUCUUGCUUUAAGCGGCGCCGUCUGCACAGUGUUGGUACGCACAGCUUUGAAUCCGCUGGAGUUGAUCAAGACCAAGCAGCAAUUGCAAAACGAUAACGAAUUACUCUCUUUUGCGAGAGCUCGGGCUCUCCGAAAAGGGAUUUCUCCUGAUCACCAAGACGCGCACGAACAUAUGCUGUCUAGCAACAAAGCGGAAAUCAAUGCCACUGCUGCUGUUGCUCCUCAAGAAACGGACGGACAAAUAAAGCUAGGAACACUCGAUUUGAUAUCAAGUCUCAUCGAGUUACGAGGCCCUUUAGCCUUGUUUCAAAGUGCUGACAUUACCUUUCUUGCUUCCUUGGUAUUUGGCUCACUCGGUUUUGGCGCCACUGAAUUAUUUCGUCGUUCGUUCACUGCAUUUUUCAUUGCCGGUUCUGGAACGGAUGAAAUUGGUUUGGAUGUUGUUGCGCUUUUAGCGGCUGCUUCCCUGGCGACCGUUGUGACAGCAGCCGCUGCCGCGCCCUUUGAGGUCUUGCGUGUAAGGAGUAUGGGUCUAAUAGAAUCGGUGGGUUGGACAAAGGUUUUGGAGGAUUUCAUCGCCGAAAAGUCAAGACCAAGACAAAAAACAUCAAACUCUUUCGGUCUCAAUCGUAAACAACAUGGAGGUCAUCAAGAAUUUGAAUUGCGCAACUUAAAAGCGAGGGAUAUCCUGCCUUUAUGGGCUGGUUUUGCACCCACCGUCAGUCGUGAACUCCCGUUCGCGGUCGUCAAGUUUUUGACAUUUGACUUUAUUACUGGAACGGUAAUUACCUUCUUGAACACACAGUCCAGUGAUGGCGCGUUGCCUAUUCAGGUUGGAACGGGCCCUAUUGGAUUGAUAGUAUCGGCGCUGGCUGGCGCUGUGGCAGGUAUCGCAGGUGCUGUUGUCUCGCAUCCAGCCGAUUUGAUUUUGACAAAGACAUCAGCUAGUGGCAAUCGCAAUGGAACAGAAACUUCCGCAUCGGUAGAGGAGCCAGACUGGAGGGAUGUUGUCAGGGAGUUGAUAGCACAGCCCGGCGGAAUUGCGAAUCUUUACGUCGGUUUUCCUGCACGUGCUACAUUUUUCUUCCUUGUCAUUGGGCUGCAGUUCUUUUUGUACGAUUAUUUCAAAACGUUGCUAAAUGUUGGCUCCGACGACUUGAGCUUGGUAUUGGAUGUGUUUUACGCGGUGCGUGCCGGUCUCGUUGGGUAG